CUAAAUACUAGGGAAUUUAGGAUUAUGUAGAGUACAUCUUUAGAGAACAAGUGUCGGUACCCUAUUUAUUUGAACUUACCGGUAUGUUGACAAAAGAGAGGAGGUUAGUGAAGCGAUAUGGUCAUUGAAGGUCAGGUUCGAGUUAAGUGUGAUGCCGAGGUCCUUGGCGGAAGUUACAGGUACUAGAUCUUGACCAAGAAAAGGUACGGUGAUGUUACUGGGCAACUUAGAGAUAAGUUGCCUCAUCCCAAACAGGACAAACUUGGUUUUGUCAAGAUUAAUCAAAAGGUGGUUGGCGCAACACCACUCUGAAAAAUGUUGGAGAUCCUCAGCAACUUGGUCUAGACAUGAAUCAAUGUCUUUUGAGGCAAACGAGAAAUAUAUAUUAGUGUCACCAAAGUAAGAUUUGAUCAGCAGUAAACUUGAUGACUUCCGGUAGAUUGCUCAUGUACAGGCUGAAAAGCGUUGGGCCGAGAAUUGAGCCCUGAGGUACGCCACGUGUAAUAGUUAAUGGUUCUGAAAAUAGAGUUGCAACACGAGUGAACUGUUGUUUGUUUAUAAGGUAACUUUCGAACCACAGAAGAAUUCGAAUUCUGUAGUUUUAAAGUAGGGGUUGAAUGGUAUAGGCUGCCGAAGGCGUUGCUUAAGUCAAUAAGCACCAAUGCUGUAAUUUGCAUUUUAUCCAUGGCACUGAAGAUGUGAUCGCUUACUAGCAAGCUCAAUGUUUCCGUCCAGAGGUGCUUUCGGUUUCCACUUUGGUGACAGGUGAGACGGUUUUCUGGGUUAAAAGUUGUUAAAUCGAUCUAGGGGAUUCUUUCAGCAUCUUUGGAGAGCAAAGGCAGAAGAGAGAUAGGACGAUUAUUAUUUGGUAUUUCGUGAUCCCAUCUUUAAGAUGAGGGACGUGCCACUUCGCCUUUUUUCCAGAAUCCUGGAAAAAUCAAACAAGUAAAUGAGUGGUCGAUUGUGCCAGUUAUUGUUGGCAGAACGGUACUCAAGACAAUUCUAAAACAGGCACCUUGUCAUAACCUGGGGCCUUGUUAGAAGGUAAGGCCAUGAUCACUUUUCGUACUUCCGCGCAAGCUCGCGCGAGACACUAGGUGGAAUUCAAACAGGUUGUUGUCAGUAUGUGGCUAUGGCGGCGUCGAUGUUGGUAGAGCAGUAACUGUUAUUCAACCCGUGAGACUUAGCAAGUUCAGCAGACUUACUUGCUGUUUUUUUCACUUGACAGAAAGAAAACAGCGAUUAAAUUCGAUUCGUUCGCCAGAGUGCUUGUGUGUCCUAAUUUAGGACACUGAGUAGGUUUACCCGGGAGCGCGCAAAGUAUAGCCACUGGUAUCUUUGUUAGCCAUCACUUGUUGAUUGUAAUAGUCGCCGUCUGCCUUCUCGGUUUAUUGUCUUAUAAGUUCCUUUAUCUCAGAAGUGAUGGAUGGGUUUAGUUUACGCUUCAAUACUCUUUGUCGGUUGUCGGUAAAUCUUGAGUAAUUAUCAACAAAACAAGUUAAUUAUUCAUAUUCGUUAUUUAAUUCACAGAAGUUCAGAAAACAAGUAUAAAACGUCUUCAUUCAUAGUCAAUUCACGAUCAUCAUUUCAGUGCAUUGGAACUCUUUUUAAGCUACGCAAUCAUUUAUUUCACCUUUAUUUUCAAAACCGAUGAAAUCACCAAUCAUCAUUCUACAACCUUUUUAUUUUGGCUGAACACAGUUUUGGCAGUUUGUGAGUGUAUUCAUUUGGCAAAUCAUGGCAAGAGAAAGGUUGCAGCUCACAAGCUGAAACUUGGCAAGUGAAAAAAAUACUGAUGAAAGAUUUUGACUGACAGAUAAAAUUUGACGUUUUCGUAGUUUCCAUGGCAACAUGAACGAUUGAAUACAACCUUAAAAUUCCACUUUUGCUCAGUUUACAUAAAAUUCGCUCAUUAGAUUUUCCUAUAAACUUGCACACAGCUUACUAUAGUUAAUCAUUACCAUUUGAAACUUAUUUGACCAAAUUUUAACCGACGGGUUUUUAGAUAAUAAAUAAUAUAAUUGUACUAUAAUUAUUAAAUGUGUAACAAAAUUCGUCUGUUCAACUUCCGAGUCGAGGAGACCACUGAAUUCGAGCACGAAAGAGUCUGCCGGAUGUGCGAAGCAUUGACAUGAUGUCAGCAGAAGUCAAUUGGGUGCUGCGCGAUUUUUCAUAAAAAUUAUUCUAUAUUUUUCAUGUUCCGGGAUGUUUCGGAAUGUUCCGGAAUGUUCCGUGCUCUGGGUUUUAUCGACCGCUCUACUGAUUACACCACCAAGAGAGAAUAAUCUCCUGCCACACCGAUUGUUUUUCCGGUUUUUCUAAGAAUUGAAGUCCCGCCUACACGCCAUAUUGUCGGAUAUUGUUAUGUCAGAAACAUUUGCCGCUAACUGACUGUAGGCAGAGGUUGCAAAAUCCGAUCUCAGCUUAUACCGAAGCUUUCUGACAGACCGUCACCUGAAAACUUCAAAGGUAUUGUAAAAAGAUAUAUAGGGUGGCAACAUUUUUAUCAUAAUUUUUUUAGCGUGUCCUCAGUAGUCUGCCGACGUUCUGCUCGGACUGCUUUCGACUCUAUUACCGCAGUUAGUCGAGUCUUUUGUGAAGAGUUGAGCUUGACUUGUGUGCCAAUUGAAUCAAACUAAAUGUGAAACUCAAUUUAAACUUGUACUAUAGAUCCUUAAGGUUGACUUACCAAUCACUUUAGAUAUAAAAAUGCAUUUUCACUUAGAAAUCAAGCGACGGUAAUCUCUAUUUUGUACUCCGUCGCAUAACCGCUAUCCGAGCGAAUCAAACCGUCUACAAGGAAUCAUUUCAACUAAAAAGCUACAAGACACUCAGUCAUUAAGUACUUUAGAAGAAAACUGUUAGUAGGAUAGAGAUUGAAGAGGUUCAAACCAUGCAGAGAUUCCGACAUUGACGUCGACAAGACAAGAGCUUGUUAGAUUCAAAUUAUUAUUCGCUAUAAAACUGUUAUUUAUAAAGGUCAGUGUAAUUAUAUUAGAGCCGAAGCGAACGUCUCAACAGAGAUCACGCGAUCGCUUGUUUCUGAAGAUCGUUCACUGAUUAUUAUACUAAUCUGUAUAGCACCACUGGCAGCUCUCAGGAGUGCUUUUUGUGUAAAGUAGGAGGCAGAAAAGAUCAGAAAAAGCGGUGACGCGGGUACAUAUUCGGUAAUCAGUGAAUUCUUUUGUCUUUCGAAUCGGUAGGGUAUUGGUACGGUUGGCAAGCUUUAUCUGUUUACUCUCAAAAUAUGGUUUAAAGACAUAUCUAAUUCGCUUAAUAUGGUAGUCUCAAACAGUGAGCCAUAAUAAAGUUCCUGGCUUUUCAUAAGAAACGUGACCCAUAUGGACCAUAAAAGUUUCGAACCAAUUCAAUGGUGACUUGUCAGAAUUGGCUUUCAAGCGGUUAUUAGCUAUAUCGUUUAGGGCAGUUUGCUUAUAUCUUUGGAGUGAUCGUUUUAAUUAGGAAAGUAUCUUAUAACUGGUAUUGUAAAAGAUAGAUAGAGCGACCACAUUUUUGAUCAUGAAUAUAUGAAGCGUAUUCUCAGUAGUCUGCUGACGUUAUGCUCGGAUUGCCUUCGACACUAUUACCGCAUGUAGAGAAGCAGAAGUGCCUUUAUUUACCAUACAUUCAUUCAUAGACAUAACCCAUUACAUUAUUACAAGGCAGGAGAUCAAGCAAGCUCUGUUGAGCUUUUAGACGAUCUCCGAGUUAUUCUGAAUGGAUGUAAAGACUGAUAUCGGAAGGCGGACUUCCUUUACUAAAACUAUUACAACUUUUUUCCGGCUAAAUCACAUACUCUUUGACUUUGUUCUUAAACCUCUUAUACGAAGUUAUGUUUCUUAUAUUUAAGGGAAGGUUGUUCCAUAUAAUUGCUCCCUUAAAACCUAAAGAACAUUUGAGUUGAGUUGAGCUGAGUUUAUUAUUUCCCAUAAUAUUAUACAGUACAUACGGUGUGUUACAACGUAAUAAAUUUGGGAGGAAGACUAAAGAAACCCUUACGGGCUUUUACAAGUAGUCUCCUGAAGGUAACAAAAGAUCUAUUGAAAUUCAAUAUGUACGUUUUCUGCUGAUCGCGAGACAGUACAGGUCAACACGAGAAGUAAAAACAGUUGAAGAUGAUAUUUCAUCUUAAAAGGACAAUGUAAAUAAAAUAUUACAACUAUGUAAGGAUAACGAAACGAAGCCUGUUUGUACUAAUUUUCUUGAUACAGCGUUGCCGGGAUUCUGCCAAACAGACCCACGCUCUUGCAUAUUUAUUCUGUAACUAUGGUGUCUCCAUGGUUUUGUAAUAAACAGUCGUUUCCAGUCUCCUUUCUAUGUUCAGAGUCAAGUACUUCGGCAGCAUUACUAGCGCUUUUCGAGAAUAUUCCGAACGUCGAAAAUAUUAGGAAACUUUCGGAAUUAUUUUGCAAAUCCAAAAUUAUUCCGAAUUUUGAGAACCAUUCCGAAGUUUCGGAAUCAUUGCGAAAUUUUCGGAACCAUUACGAGAUUUCGGAUUUUUUUUUUACACAUGGCGGGCCAUAGUAGGAAUGUACAUUUAUUAGUUUUGAAAAGGUUAUCUAAGAAUGCUGAUAGCUUUUCAUGAAUAUGAUGCAUAAAAAGGGCUGUUGAAUUUGUAUUUAAUUCAAAGAUAAUUUGUAUUUUCAGGGACUUGAACAGUGGUCCUGAUUUUUCUGUGUAUUUUGCUGAAAAGUCAAAUUGUCAUAAGUUUUUUCUGUGUUUUGAGAAUUGGAUUUAGUCUAGUAAGAUGAGUGCUUGCCCAAGUGAUGUCACAGUAUGUUAAAUGUGAAAGGUGCGAAAUAGGAGUCAUUUCAUAAGUAGGUUGAGUAUGAUCGUCUGGGUGAACGUGGUCCUGAAUAGGACUGUUGCCGGUUGACAGUGACUAACGUUUCGACAACCUAUGCACUAGUUUAUGGAUCGGUUUUCUUUAGAAGACCAUACGGUGGAGCAAUAGAAUAGUUUGCUAAAUACUAGGGAAUUUAGGAUUAUGUAGAGUACAUCUUUAGAGAACAAGUGUCGGUACCCUAUUUAUUUGAACUUACCGGUAUGUUGACAAAAGAGCUAGGAGGUUAGUGAAGCGAUAUGGUCAUUGAAGGUCAGGUUCGAGUUAAGUGUGAUGCCGAGGUCCUUGGCGGAAGUUACAGGUACUAGAUCUUGACCAAGAAAAGGUACGGUGAUGUUACUGGGCAACUUAGAGAUAAGUUGCCUCAUCCCAAACAGGACAAACUUGGUUUUGUCAAGAUUAAUCAAAAGGUGGUUGGCGCAACACCACUCUGAAAAAUGUUGGAGAUCCUCAGCAACUUGGUCUAGACAUGAAUCAAUGUCUUUUGACGCAAACGAGAAAGAUAUAUUAGUGUCACCGGAGUAAGAUUUGAUCAGCGGUAAACUUGAUGACUUCCGGUAGAUUGCUCAUGUACAGGCUGAAAAGCGUUGGGCCGAGAAUUGAGCCCUGGGGUACGCCAUGUGUAAUAGUGAGUGUUUCUGACAAUAAAAAUGCAACACGAGUGAACUGUUGUCUGUUUGUAAGGUAACUUUCGAACCAUAGAAGAAUUCGAAUUCUGUAAUUCUUAAAGUAGGGAUUGAAUGGUAUAGGCUGCCGAAGGCUAUGCUUAAGUCAAUAAGCACCAUUGCUGUAAUUUGCUUUUUAUCCAUGGCACUGGAGAUGUGAUCGCUUACUAGCAAGCUCAAUGUUACUGUCGAAAGGUGCUUCCGGUUUCUACUUUGGUGACAGGUGAGACCUGCUUCGUACCGUGACGUCUCUAUCUCGAUGAAAAUGUGCGCGCAAAGGAAGGCGGGAAGGAGACAACGGGCGAGACGUCUAGCAGAUCUUGUUUUCAAGAUGGCGGCAAGAGUAAUGGCGGACGAAUAUGCAAUUUUUAAAAUAAGUUCAGCCCUGUUUAUUUUGCGAAUUUAGAGCAAAUCAUUGUCGAGAACGGGGCUUCCUUUAAUUUAAUGAAACUGCCGCACGCCAAGGUAACAGCCGGCCAGGAAGGUUAGUAAGUUAGUAAUUGUUUCUGUUAAGGUCCCCAGCGAUGCAACGAUCUUCUUAGUCGAAAUGAAAAAUGACAAGCUGAGAAUUGUUGCAACAGCUAGCCAAAUGAAGCUAUACAUUUUGUAAAGCUUUAAAAUACUAUUUGCUGCACGCUAUAUCUUGAGUACUCGAAAAGCCAACAAACCAGUCCAGUCUCAAGACCUCUACGUUAUGUUGUUAAAUAGAUAAUAAAAUAAUUUUUAAAUGUUUGUCUCAGGAUAUCAUACUGUGUAUUUUUUUUUACUCGACAAUUUAAGCUAAUGUAAAGGAAAAACAGCCACAAAACUAGCUUUAGGGUUUUUUAAUUGUAUUUUUUAAUUGUUCGAUGACUUCACUGGAUACCAGACUUGUCACUGAAUGCACAGCCCGGUGUAAAUAAAUUCUACUUAAUUUUUAUUUUUAUACCUCAUUUUAUGAUGAAGCUGUGUAGAAUGUUCAGCAAAUACUUAUUGUCUGUAUUGUUUUACUAUUUGUUUUUGUGAUAUUACACAGUAGACCAAUUUAGUUUUGCCAUGCUCUCUCGUGACACAUCAAUUGUGUCUUAAUAAAUAAAUUAUUGGUAACUUUGCUUUUAAGUUGAUAGACACGGGCGCGCUUGGAGCUCCGCUAUAAUUUUCUAUGUCAAAUGGAACGCAACUGCGAUCACUUUUAUAAGUUCACUCAUGACCCGAGCAUGGAUAAACAACACGCAGUGAACAUACUGCCGCAGUACGUCUCCGUCUCCUCCCCAGAAAGGGGUAGAAGCCAAGGUGCACCAUUUAAAUGGUCAGAAAUGAGUUCAGUUGAAGGAGGUGGAGGUACGAAUUAGGCGUUCCGCUAAAAAUGCCGGAUUAGUUCAUGUACCGUUAAGUAAAUAGCAGUUGCCUUAGUCUUUGUAGUUGUCUCGGCCAAGUACUUAUAGGCGAGACUGGCACACGGUUUUUCUGUUAUAAAAACCAGUUGAUUUUUACCCAGGCCCGUUAUUUAUUUUUGGCACUAAUUGAGCUCCAAUUGUUCAAAAAUUGUUCUGAAUGUUCGGCGUUCCGCAAGUGACGCUCGGCGUUUGGCGUUCAGCAAAAUACUCCCUUUCGUAGCCUAUUCCCGGUUCUCAGUAGGGAGUAGGGAUGACGCCUUAGUAAAAAAAGCACGCGAAAAAAUGAGUGCGUGAUCUUCUAUUUUUGUAUUCGCGCUUUCCCAUUUUCGAGGACUGGAGCCAGGAACAGGCUAUGUCUGCCUCUUCCACUCUAACGGCAGACCAGUACAUGUAGCGUUGACAGAGUUGAGUUGUGACUUUUUGAGCUUCGUGUUACCUAUUGAAUCAGACUAAAUGAAAUCCGCUGAAAUUGUUACUACAGGGUCUUGAAAAAAUACAUUUUGCACCUACAUUAGUAGUCAAGCGACAUUAGGUUGUUUUCUUUAAGUUUCCACUCUGACAUACUUAGAAGAUGAUCUUCUAAGUCAAGCUGGCCGGCACGGCAGUAGAACUACGUUUACCGUCCUUACCGUUAAAUUGAUGAGCCCCAAAAUUAACCAUUGCGGCACUUAAUGUUACAAAGGAUAUAAUACGUGGGUAUAUAAUUCUGCAGUUUUCCACAGAAUAAUCUUACAACUCCAAAUUGCACUCAUUCAAGUUCAGGGCGAUCGAAGCACGCACUUACCUUGCACAGCAAAUUAUAAAAAUGAAAACAACAUAAAAUGUUAAAAAAGUAUUUACAAAAAAAUCGAAAACACCUAGUAGUAAGAGGUCUCGAAAUCAUUUUCGUUUUUAAUUUUACUUCUAAAGUACCAUAAUAUUUAAAACCUGUUGAUACACGUGCCAUUUUGAGUACUCCUUCAAGGGAUGUUCAUGUUCGACUGAAAACAACCGGCAAAGCGAUAAGAAAGAAAUCUUGACAAACAAUCAAGACAAGAAAUAUAAUUUAAUGAAACAUUUUUAAAGUGUCUGAAAAUCCUGAGUCAUGAAUAAAAACCUUGCAGAUUUAUUUAAGUAAUGCUUAAGCUUAUUAGCUUUUAAGCCGGUUUCGCGGCGUUUGAUAUAUGAACUCAAGGUAAGAAUGGAUAAUUCUAAAUAUUCUUCAGACCUUUUCUUUCUAGUCGCGACCAGAAAAUCUCUAAAGACUUUUUAAGUUAUGUAUAUGUUGUAGUUAAUUUUUUAUUUCGGGUAAUGUUUGUUUUUCUUUUGUUUUUGGGUAUGGUCAUAUAUGCUAAUGAAGUUGAAACAAAAGAAAAAUAAAAAUUACCUGAGAUAAAAAAUUAACUACAACGCAUACACCUAUUUCAAUUACGGUUGCUCCCGUGAACCAUGUUUCAUAGCCUGCAGUGUACUAUGGUAAACCCUUUUGUAGCAGGAAGUUCAGUCUUGUUCACAUUCAUUGAAAUAAAGGAGAUCACUUGUGAGAAGGCGUUCAAGAGAGCUUUCAAGUCAAGUGGCUGCUAAAAUUCUUAAGCAUGAGCGAGCUGAAGAAUUUCAUAGUUUUAAAAUCUCACAGUAAGAAAUUGGAAGCCUCUUCUUUUAACAACAUUAAAUGAAUAGGGUUUUACCGCCUGUCUAUAUAAGCUGCGUUUUUGCAUGGGCCAGACUGCUGGUUAUUUCAAUUUAACAAAUCAACUGGCUAUUGUUUUUUCUAUUCAAUUUCAAAAAGAGAUAUUUGCGUAAUGUUAAGUUAUUUAUUGUAGUUUAUGAACAAACGCCUUGAAUUUGAUUUUUUUUUACUCCAUCCAAAAUUCCCACGUGCACGAGCGAGCAAACUCGUUGAAAAUUUGCAGCAUUUGUAUAUUACCACAGAGAAAAACCUAACCUCAAAUCACUGUCUAAAUUAAAAAGCCUAGGAUUCAGUGUUUUGAAAUACAUUGUCUUAACGUUCUACUGACAUAGCAUAGAAGCGUCAACAGCGUUUCCUUUCUAGGUUUCUAAGCUCGUUGCGGGUGCAAAACUUACUAGACUUGCUACAGUAAUGCACCGUGGGACCACGGAAACAUAGAUCGUGCAUCGUUCUUCUCUGAAGCAACCUUAAUUGACAUAGGUGUAUGAGACCUGAUACUAGGUCUUACAAACGUUCGUAAUUAAAUAAAGUGACGACAUAAAAAUGGAACUAGAAACAAAACAAACACCAAAUGCAACAGAAAAUGUGCCGAUCAGGGUAAGGUGGCCCGAACCUAUUUAUCUGGCGUUGGUUAUGUUUUUGAAUCGCAUUUUUCGGCAGAAAUGAUUUAACCGAUUUCUAUGAUUUUUGGCAUCCUUAAUAAAGAAUGGUCGAACUUAAAAGUCGGCGUAUGUUGAAAACCGCAUUUUUACAAAAAUGUCAAUAAUUUCAAUUUUCUCUAACUUUGGCAAAUAAGCCUCAGAGCUCUCUAGUUUUGUAUUUGCAAGUUUGAAGUCAAUCGUGACCGUAGAACUCGCUACACAAAUAGCUGGUCAAAUUUAACCUUAAAAUGCAACGCUAACACAUUUGUGAAAGUUGACACACAAAUAGAGGACAACUGCCGACGGACUAUCUCUUAUCUGCAAGGGUACUCUUGCCCAAAGCUUCAUUUGCAAGAAACUGAUCAAUCAGAAACCUACGGCGAGUACAGUUCGCAAAACAAGAAGAACAACUUUAUGCUGAAUUCGGGACAAGACUGAAUACCUUCUAUUUAUCAAAGCUACUGUGUAUUUUCCCUUCUCUUUUCGCAAAAAAUCUGAACAAAGCACGAUAUAACAUCUACGGAAAUCUCCUACCAGUUUUCAGCACUGAAGGUUCCCGUCUUGAGGAGAAAUAAAGCCACCAACUCCAGUACUUCAACCGAUCCAUUUUCAGAUGCAACGAAAACCCUUGUAUUAGGUAAUUUAUUCAAGUUUGAAAGAUUUGCCAUCACAUUCGCACGGGCAUUUUGCCAUUAGGGAUAAUGAAAAGAAUAAGUCGAUUGUCAUAUUUUCUUCAUCUUUAUACCCAAGUGGCAAAUUUCCCGUGCGAAUGUGAUGUCAAGUCUAAAAACCUUGAAUAAAUUACCAAAUACAAGGGCUUUCAGUGCAGCUGAGAAAUGGACAGUUAGAUGUACUGGCAAAUGGAGUUGGUGGCUCUAUUUCUCCUCAAAACGGGAACCUUCAGUGCUGAAAACUGGUAGUCGAGAUUUCCAUAGAUGUUAUAUCAUGCUUUUUCAGUGGAACUUGGGUUCCGUAUUCCAAUCGGCAGUGAGAUUCCGGAUUCCUACAGCUAUAUUCCAGAUUCCAAGGCCCAGGAUUCCAGAUUCCACAAGCUAAAAUUUCCUAGAUGGCGGAAUCCCGAUUCCCUUACAUGUGGCGAUUUGUAGCAUUUCUACGAAAUUCCUUACUAACGUCUUGAAAGUGUUCUGUCUUCAGUUAGAACUAUCAAUGCAAGCCGCUAUUUAUCUUUUACUUUUUUUCGUUAACGUAUUUCAGGUCUAUCCACCCAUGGCUUCGCCAGAACCUGCAGCAUCUAAUUCUACCACAAAAGAGAACACUAACUUCAGCAGAUUAUGCCGUCUUGUUGCUGGUGUUGGUUGUAAAGUAAUAAGGGAGGUAUUUGAUAAAUAUCAUCCACCAGAGAAGCUUCAAGAAAAUUUGGCCAAAGUAAAGAAUCAACUGCGUGAUCUUUGGAAAAACAAGAAAGUUCUAAAUCCUUUACAAUGGGAUUACCUGUAUCCUCAUGUUGCAGAUAGUGUAAAUUCAGCUAACUUUGACGCAACUCUGCUGGUGAUUCUUCUCAGGAAUAUUUGUCCCACUUUAGCUCCACCGGUAAAGGGUUGGAAUAAGAGACCACCUGAUUCAGAUAAAAGUGAAGCGGCUGACAUUCUCCGUAUUAAAUUCUUUAGAAACGAAGUGACUGCUCAUCCCGCGACUGACUCAGUUGACGAUGCAACAUUCGAUAUCCUCUGGAAAAAUAUAUCCGAACCAAUUAAGAGACUUGGGAAAUCGCCAUAUAAAGACAUUGUUGAUCAACUCAAAGGUGAAUGCAUGGACCCCGAACUGGACAGUCACUAUAAAGAACUUCUAAUGCAGUGGAAGUUGGCUGACGACAACAUCAAGGAGAAAUUGGAGCAAAUGGACGAGAAGUUAGACCGACUUUUAGAAGUGCCAGCCCCGGGUAUGUCAAAACAACAGCAAACUAAAUCUUUGAUAUAUAUCAUUGUACUUCUAGUAUCUAUAUAUAAAUAUACACAAAAGCAAGCUGGUUAAAAAAAGAUUGAAAAUUGGAGACGUUUGGUGUAGAAAAUGAAAAAAAAAAAGUUAACACUUGAAACAAUUUUAGGUACUGUGCAAUAAUUACCUGGAGGGAGAGCUGGGAAAUGGAUGAGAUAUGCCCCAAAACUAAGUCAUACCCCCCCUCUCAUUAAGCAAAAAUUAAUUUCAAGCCCCCUAACAAAAUUAUAAUAUUAAGGCUAACCCACCCCCCCGCCCCCCUUCCUUGAAAAAAGUCUCCUCCCAUUCGUUCCACCAUACCUAGUUACUUGUUGAUUUCUUCCUCCGUUACAAACAUCACUUCAAAUGACUCUUCGAGGUAUGUCAGGGGGGGGUGGGGGGAGGUAAAUCUAUUGUUUUCCACCUAAGUUUCUUGACCCACUCCGCAUGCCAGUAUGACGUCACAUAGUAAAGGGCACGAGCCUCGGGUCACUUGUGCAAAUUAGCGAGGGAUACGACAGCUAUUUCGAAGAGGAAAAGCGAGCGAGGUCGAGGAAAAGCUAAGAAGCUAGCAAAUAUCGCUAUAUAUCGCUUAUUUGAUCGAAUGUGUGUGAGCUUUGGUGUUGCUAUAAUCUGCUUGUGUAAACCGUUUUGAUAUUUUGUGUCCUUGAUUGUAUAAUUUUGUUAAUUUGUUUUGCGGGCCGUGUUGUGGGUUCGCCAUCUAUUUCACGGGACCGGCAAGGUCAUCAAAACUUAAAUUUUUUUUUCUCUAAAAUAGGCAAGGUCUAGAAUAGGAGGUUUCAUUUACAGAUCACGCAUGUUUAUAUUUCAUAUAUUCUUUUGCUAAUUAAAUGGGCUUAACUUCAUAUCAUUCCUUUCGAGUGUGGGCCUCUGUUGAUCUCCUAAUUCUCCGCCAAAUUCAGUAAAGCUAGUUCGAUCGAUUAUCUACAUCUAGUCGGCCUUUUGAACCCGAAACAAUGCGAAAUAGCUUUGAAAUACGCGCUUAAGCUAAUUUUCCUCAAAUGUAUAUUUGAAUUCAUGAUAAAUAGAGCUCGGCCACCAGCUUCAAACAGCGUCUAUGGCAGAGAAAAAUGUUUUGAUGUGACAAAAUUAAUUUUUCAAACCAUGUCUGUCACUGUGGUGCAGUGGUCAAGGAGUUUCUUGCACGUGCAGAUAAACUGGGUUCGACUCUCGGCGACGCUGUUUCUUUUUCCCCCCUAUUUGGUCUCUUUUUUUUUAACACUAUUUUUCCUUUUGGCCUUUUUUUCUUUAUUCUUACUGCUGACCCUGCUGGUCAUUCACUUGGAUCAAUAUAUAUUUUAAGCUCAAGUCAGGAGUUUUAUUUUGGAAAAGGGAUUUCAGAACCGGAUCUGCAUACUGGCCAAGCUUACGACCAGAUAAAAACCAUAAGCUGUCAAGACAUGUCCCUCCUCUGAAACAGCUGAAUUUUUUUCAAUGUUAGUUGACAUCGUGACAAACAACACACAGUACACCACAAACUGUACUAAUUUACACCUAACACCCACCAGUGACCCACUGGCGAAAGUUAAACGUCGUCUUAAUCAUCAAUAUUAUUACCCUAAAUUCUCCACUGGGUUUGCCCCCAAAAAAUGAUUAAACGAAACCUUUUAUUACAGGUGUAUGCCCAAUACAGUUUUAAAAUGCGGUAAAGCAACAAGAUUCAGUGCUCAGUCUCUCACAAAGACCUGUCAUUUAGCUUCCUCUUCAACGCUACAGCUAAGCGAACUUUGAGAGGAAUGAUAUAGGGUUCCACUGGCUCUGAAGAGCUGAAAAUACGCAAAAUGUAAAGUGUAAUACAUCCUUUGAUGAACCUCCUAUUGCUGUGUCUAAACUCUUCAAUCUUGCCGUGCACUGGUCCUCAAAAGUGUGACCGGUCGGUAUGAUUGCCCGUAAAAUUUGCUCAACGAUAGAAAGGAAUCUUUACAAUUCAAUACACCACUGGACAUUUCAUUCCAAAAAAGUACUUAAGUCUAGUUUUCUAUGACAAUAGAACCUUAAAAUCUCCAAAUCCAAGAAAUUGACACAGUAUUUCCGUGAUAAAAUCGAAAUUUUUAUCCGUCUCUUCGAUGAACACUUUGCUCGCCAUUUUGAACGUCACUGACGCGAGAAGUGACGUCAUACUGGCAGGCGGACUGAACCACAGAUUUCCUUGGAGACACCUUCCCGCCCCUGACGUUUGUCGAAGAGUCAUUUGAAGAGUUAUCAGAAUCACUCGACUCUGAGUUUGUGUCGUCUUCGCAUGAAUUGGGAGAUUCCUCAUCUUCUACACCAUCUCUUACACUAAGGUUCCCGCGUACGUGGGUGAGAACUCAGGAAUUCCUGUCUAACUGAGCUUUUUUUUGAAGCUCAAUUUAAUCAUACUGUGUUUUAUUUACCAUACUUUAAAUUUGUAUUGCUAUUAGUAUUUCAACAAUUGGGUUUUUCAUUCUGCUAAAUUAUGAUGCCAUGUGUGCUUACAUUGGCAUCUUUCUUUUUCAUUGAAUAACAUUAUAGUGCUACUUUUGCAACUUUUAAUUAAAGUUUCGUGUUUUCUUAAAUCCUAGUGCAAAUAAAGUAGCACUGUUUUAACAUAUAUAACAGAGGCAUUCCUUUCCUACUGCAUGACAGAUGGGAAAACAACAGUUCAUAGAUCAGGCACCUUAGAGUUGAUAAAUUUGUCAGUUUUAUUCCAAUGUUAGUAUUUAUAUUUGAACUCUAAUAACUCUUCCACUACUUUUCCAGUUUGCAAAAGGAAUGAAAAAGCAAUGCCCCCCCUGUAUGUAUCAAAUUUUACAUCCACCCCCUCUCUCUCUUCUUGUCAUUUUCUCCUAUGCCCCCCCUCUAAUUUUCCAACCCCCAGGUAAUUAUUGCACAGUCCCUUACUAUGUAGCCCGAUGAAAGUCGGUAUAUAUUUCGUUCGAAAUAUUAGCCUGCGGACACAGACGUAUUUCCCGUCGUCCCUUCUCUCUGCCAGAAAGGUAACUCUUUGGGUGGAGAGAAGCGUCGACCGGAAAUACGUCUGUGUGCAGGCUUGCACAGUCACGUUUUAGGGUGUGCAACUGUAUUACUAUGAUAAACGGUAUUAACUCUAGAAAUCACUUGUUUUGGCAUUCAUUGCUUUGUAGUCAGUAUCUAGACAUCUGCUUGAAAUAAAAUAUACCUAUGUAUGCAGCGUUUAAGCCAGUCCAAAAAUAACGGUACAAGAGAUUUGUGACAAAAUAUUUGCGAAUUUUUAUUCCGAAAUUAAUACGAUCAAUCGAAUGCACCCUUAGAUUAGUCGCGUCCACUCCAGGAGCCUAUCAUCUGUCGCGCCUCGUUUUCCCCUGCCGGGGAGGGCUUACUAUAGAGGAUUUGCGGCAUUUUUCCUUUUAUAAAUGGCUCUAUAUAAACCUGAACAUAAACAGGAACCAAAGCUGCAUUAUUUCUGUCCGAUACAUUCAAAAGACUGGCCUUAUACUGCUGCGGUAUAGAUAACAGUGGCGAUCGUCAGUCUUAGGUUAUGUUCACACUAUGACGGAUAGCUUUUCCCGCCGUCACGAGAAUCAUACCGGAUAAGGCUUCUUUUCACACACAAGAACGGUUGCGGCGGCGCGAUUUCUGCGACGGGGCGAAGCUGCGCCACGCCGAUCUGUAAAGUAGAGAGUCGCAUAUCGGAUAGGUGUUCAUCUAUACCCGAUAGCUUUUCAUGCCGCCACGAUAAGCUAUUCAGUAUAGUGUAUACAUGGCCUUAAAAAGUCAGAGGGCUAUUGGUAUCCUGGCAAGACAUUAUCAGGCCCCAGUUGUUCAAAAGCUGGAUAGCGCUAUCCACCGGGUAAAUCACUAUCCAGUGGAUAAAUAUUAGGGGAGCCAAUUGCACUAUCCAGUGGAUAGAGAUUUAUCUAGUGGAUAGCGCUAUCCACCUUUUGAACAACUGGAGCCAGGUGCGCUUCUUGAAAGCUAUUAGUUAUUUGAUUUCUAAUUUUUCUUAUUUCAUCUCAGUCAUGCACAUUACAAUCAACGUAAUAAAUCUGCCCGGUUCCUCUCAACCAAGUCAAGCAGCAGGUGGGUCUGAACAAGAGCAAGGAGCAAUGGCAGAAGUAGAAGCUUUAAAUCCUUCGACAGAGGCACGCAUUUGGAAUUUCGUUCUGUCAUUGGGGAUGCCUCUGGAAUCACUUAUUAAGUACUUGAGAGAUAAUCUGAAUGUUGAUCCAAAACGUCAUGAUCAAGGGAGUUUGGUGAUUACUGUUGAAUGCAGCUCAUUGAAGAUCCUUGAAGGAUUGUGGGAAGACUAUUGUAGCGGACAUCUUAAUGCAGUGGCUCAAGAAACUCUCAUUACCGCUGAAGUCCUGGAAAAGUUUGGACUGAGUGAGAUCAAGUUGAAAACCUUUAUUUCUGAAAAGGAGUACGAGAGCGCAAGACAAACUUUCAGUAAAACAGGUAAGCUACAACUUCCAGGUGCAUAUUCAUACACACAUCUAAAGCAGAAAUAUAUUAAUUUUAUUUUUAGGUUAUUACAAGAUAUCUGUUACCUAUCUUCCCUGCUCCUCAUGGUGCAUGAGGCCUUCACAGAUCAUUUUCAUCUUUCCCGGUCAAUGAUCAUCAUUUAGCAUUUAGCAGAUUGUAUAGGGUUAGGGUCUCUGUUUGUUUUUUUCGUUUUACUUAGUCAGGCCAAGUUUUUCGGGGGUGUUAGGAAAGGACCUAAGACCUAAGACCGGGACAACAAAGACCUGAAAAACUGAGACCUGUAAAAUUAAGACCCCAGAAAACUAAGAUCCGGUAAACGAAGACCCUCUUAAUUUUAGUUCUUUCAUCAUUCAUAGAGGCACCAAAAAUCCAAUAUUGAAUAAAUACCAGGCGUAGUCAAUCGAUUAACCGAUAAUCGAUAACAAUCGUUUGUAAUCGAUAUCAAUCUUCGAUGGAUAUCACUCGUUAGAAAUCGACAAAGCAAAACGUUUUGACUUCGAUUAAUAUCGAUUUCCAAUAGAAAUCGAUCUCAUAAUGAUUGAUUUAGCAAUUGUUAUCGAUUGCUAUCGAUUACUAUCGGAAAUGUAAGCCUUUCAACGUUAACACAGUGUUGUCUGUACGGUAUAUUUGAGUCAUUCAGUCGUGAUAUUAUGCAGUUCUUUUACUUGAUAUACAUUGGAUUGGAUCCCAAUUUGAGCGAGUUGCAAGGAAAGAAAUGCAAAAUGCAGAAGAUGGCCCUGGAUGGAAGGGACAAGUAAAAAUCUAUUAAAACCAUAAACAAGAAACAAUAAAUGAAACGCGAUGAAGACUAUGCCUAGAGCAGAUGCUAAAGUCAAAAUUCAGGGGCACCCAACGACGGUUUCCUCCUAAUCAGGUUGAAAACACUUUUUAGGCUGCCCAGAGACAUGUACUUUAAGAUCUCUAGAAACGCAUUCUAAGCGGCGCUAUAAAAUUUGUAUCUGUUCGGUCUUCCUAGGGGAAUGUGAGUCUUUUCAAAAUUACAGGAGCUUCAGCAUUAUUUUCCUGAAAAUUUUAGAUGCAAUUUAACGUUUACGAAAGUGUGAAUUUUACUGAUUCCUCUCUCCAUCACAUUUUUGAAUCCGAAAAUUUUAGGUUUCUUUUUUUCUACGAAAAAUAGCCUAACCUGGGCAGUAAAAAGUGAAAAAUUAAAGCUUACAAAAUCGUAGAGAAUUUUAAUUAUUAGAUGAGUUUUGAAAAUUGUACAUGAAUGGAACGGUCAUCUAGAACUUCCCACUGACUACUGGCAGCUCUCAGCAGUGCUUUUUUGUUGUAAGUAGGAAGCAGAAAAGAUCAGAAAAAGCGGCGACUCGGGGCAUCUUGACUUUAGUGAAUAUUUAACAAUUAUUUCUCGAGCCCGAAUGGGCUCUUAGUCAAUAUAUAGCUCAGACGCCAUGAGGGCGAGAGGAAUAAUUGUUUUAGUAAAAUCCAACUAGUUGGUCAAAAAUAUCGAGACGAAACAACUUAAGCUAGCAAAACGCGAUUCAGCCGCCAUUUUUUUGGUUUUCAAAGCCGGCACUUUUCGCUAAUAGUGGGCUAUAACAUAUAGCCUAGUAGUAGCUCAACCAAUCAGAACGCAGCAUUGAUAAUAGAUCACUAGUUGGAUUUUACUAAAUUGUUAUAUCGUUUAGGGCAAUUUGUUUAUAUCUUUGGAGUGAUCAUUUUAAUUAGGAAAGUGUUUUUAAACGGGACUGAAAUCAGUGUAAAAAAACAAAAACUCAUUGUAUCUAGCGAUCUAGCGAUUUACGUAGUUUUUGCCAAGGUAUUUGCCUCUGUAUCCAUGCGUUUUUGGCCACGUGGCUAAAGUAAUGUUACCUAACGAGCCGACCAAUUGACUUUUCUGGCGGAUAUGAGUGAUAUCAGAAAAAAAAUAUCCUGCGGACUGAUUUCGAGGGACAAAAAAUCUUGCAAGGGAAAAAUAUCCUGCACUGAAAAAAAUAUCCCUCAUGGCAUAUAAUGCUGGAAAAAGACCUUACACCGUUAUAUAUUUAUCCUCAGAGGUUUGAGAAAAAAACAUUCUUACCCAAACCAAAUCACCCAUACCGGCUACCCCUCAAAAGUCAAAAGGUCGACCCCUAAGGGAUGUUGCAAGUUAUUUAAAUGAGUUUAUUAUUUUUUCUUUCUCGCGCUAAACGCAGGUUGGCCCUCUAAUGGACUAUUCAAGUUUGAGUUUUUCAAUUAAAUUGAUUUUCGCGGGUAGGUCUUUACAGCCUGUCUUAUUCUAGGCAUAGCAGCUUUAACCGGCAUGUCGAAUUUUUUUGGCUUGUCGCUGGAAAAAAUCUGCACCUCAUUUAAAAUUUGCAUGAUUAUUGAGUGUUAGUCGAAAUAAUUUCCUCGAUUUUGUUGAUUUUAGUCAUUUGGAUAUACCUGACUAGGUCCCGGAACAAGGAACACCUCGGGAAGUAAAAAAAUAAAAAUAAGGGUAAAUGUAAUUUAGGGGCUGACCCGACUUUUGAGGGGGGUAUGGGUAAUUUCGGGAAAAAAUAUCCUGCAGACUGAUUUCGAGGGGAACAAAUUCUUGCAAGGAAAUACCUACACUGAAAAAAAUAUCUUUCAUGGCGUAUAAUGCUGUAAAAACAUCUUACACCGUUGUAUGUUGGGAGAAAAUUCUAUCACCAGAGGUUUGGGAAGAAAAAAUUCUUUCCCAAGCCAAAUCACCCACUGUCUUUCUCAUUUUUCGUUUAAUUUGCCAGGUUUUCCGCGGUUGUUCCGGGGCUGUUCCAAAGUGUUCCCGUAUGUUGUUCCAGGUCUUAGAACAUCUUAUUUGUAUCUUCGGGCUUGUUUAUAUGAGGUGAGCCAGCGUGGUAAGCCAGGUUGGCCCGCUUUCGUUUUACCGAGCUGGCUCAGCUCAUGC